GUUUACGGCAGGGCACGAGCGAUAAUCUGAUUGGUGGAAAAUAGACCUGCUUAACACGUCAUCGUCUUGUCACGAGGAAGAAACAGGAAGCGGUAGAAAUGAGUGCGGUGUAUGGAGGUGUGGAAGGGGGCGGAACUCACUCCAAAGCAGUGCUGCUCUCCGCUGCAGGGGAGGUCCUCGCUGAGACAGAUGGACCCUGCACCAAUCACUGGUUGGUUGGUGUUGAUAAGUGUAUCGAGGGCAUUAACGAUAUGGUCCAGAAGGCAAAGAUCAGUGCCGGGCUGGAUCCCAAUACACCCAUAUAUUCUCUGGGCAUGUCGCUGAGUGGUGGAGAGCAGAAGGAUGCCAUUCAGAAACUGAUUGAUGAGAUGAUGGAAAAAUUUCCUAAACUAAGCCAGAAUUAUUACAUUACCACAGAUGCCAUUGGUGCCAUGGCAACAGCAAGUGGCCAUGGUGGUAUAGUACUGAUAUCAGGAACUGGUUCAAACUGUAAGCUGGUGAACCCUGAUGGCACUCAGGUGGGCUGUGGAGGAUGGGGUCACAUGAUGGGAGAUGAAGGCUCUGCAUUUUGGAUCUCUCAUCUUGCUGUAAAAGCAGUAUUUGAUGCCAGAGAUAACCUGGUCACACCUCCACAUGAUAUCACCUAUGUUAAAAAAGCCAUGGAGGACUAUUUCAAGGUGUCAGAUCUGAUGGGCAUGCUCCCCCACCUGUACAGAAACUUCCAGAAAUCAUAUUUUGCUGGCUUCUGUAGAAAACUGGCUGAAGGUGCUAAUGCAGGUGAUGCCUUCUGCCGAUACGUGUUUACCCAGGCUGGUAAAGUGCUAGCACAGCACAUUGUAGCAGUGCUGCCCAACGUGCACCAGGAGCUGUUCUUGGGUGACCUUGGCCUGCCCAUUCUGUGUGUUGGAUCUGUAUGGUUAAGCUGGGAGCUGAUGAAAGAUGGUUUCACUCAGGUCCUCUCCCAGGCCAAACUGUCUGGUUACAGCGAUUUUCAGAAGUAUAGCCUUCUCACCCUACGCCAGUCGUCUGCUGUAGGUGGUGCCAAGCUGGGAGCCCAGAAUGCAGGUGCCACCUUGCCCCUGGACUACUCCACUAGUGCCAGCGUGUUCUUCAGCCACUCGUUCACUGAGCAGUGAUCAACACUAAUGAGGACCAAUCAAGCUGGAAACACUGCUCCCUGUUUUUAUACAUAUUUGGCCCCAGUGCAGUAUAGUACAAUCAGAAAAAUACCUCGACUUAAACUGGACAUUGCUACGUAGUAUUUCAUGUGAUCUGUACACCUCUGUAUAAUGUCAUUCAGUUUACAUGGCUCUUCGGCAGCAAUCUGGGCAUUAACCCAGUGAAAGGGAGAAGGUGAAGUUGCUGGGAGCGCGAGAGUUUAUAGUUCUUUACAUUAGAAUUAGGGUCACUAAAUGCAAAAAAACUUUAAUUGCUUCCACAUUUCCUAUUUCCUAUUUUGAAUAUAAAAAUGAAUGCUGUUCUGAGAUGUAUCUGUCCCCCGUGCACUAAUUGUGAAAUAACGUAAAAUACUAAUUUUAAUAUUUUUAUACAGUAUCUAAAUGUCUUAUCAUAAAAAUUGCAAGAGCAAGUGUAUGAGGCCUAAGACCUGAUUAAAAAUCUUGAUUAAAAAAAGCAUUAUCAUUAUUAAAAAUCAUGAUUAAAAAAACA